CUGCUCACCUUCUCCACUACAUAAAUCCUCUCUCUCUCUCUCUCUCUCUCUCUCUGUUGUAUUAUACUGGCAAGGUCACAUGUCCAUGGAGACACAACCAGACCCACCCAAAUACUCAUCCCACAUGGAUGUUCUUAGCUGCAAACACAGCCUCUCCCUCUCUCGUCCCACCUUAAACAAACAUUUCCUCUGCUAACUCCCCUCCCCUCAUCAUUGACUCUCACUUCCCUUUCCACCAUUCCCAUUCAUCCAUUCACCAUCAUCCCCAUCUGUUUUCUUCUCCUCUGCCACACACUCAAAUCCUCCGUUCUUGGAUCUGCAGAGGAGUUCCCUAAGAAAGAACACUCCGUUGGACUUCCACUUGGGUAGAUUCAUAUGGGUUGGGGGUGUUUCUUGGUUGCUGCUAGAGUUUGAACCUUUGCUAUAGUCUGUUGGGCAAAUUUUUUCUUUCGCAAGUUGGGUUAGAAGAGACAAACAGACAGCUUCAUGGGCGCCUGCAUUUGAGCUGUAAAUUAGCUGGAAAAACAGUGACUUUUUGCAACAGUUUCCAUUUCUGGAAACCCAUUGUUUGGAGCUGCAUUAGCAUGGAAAGUCCUCUGUUCCUUAAGGCUGAACUGGAGAUUUUGUCCUUGUCUUUGGGAUUUUAGUUCUGUGGAUUUGCUCUGAAAAUUUCUCAGAUUUUAGGGUUUUGAGACAGUUAGUGUCAGUCGAUUGUGUCUCUGAAUUGCUGUGGAGUUGAACAAGGGAGUGGAAAUGGCUGCAAAACUUCUGCAUUCUCUGGCAGAUGAGAAUUCCGAUUUGCAGAAACAGAUUGGCUGCAUGACGGGUAUCCUUCAGCUCUUCGAUCGGCCUCAUAUGAUUGCCAGCCGGAGAAUGAACCAGAAGAUGCUUCCUCCUCCGGGUACAUCCCAGUUCAACAAAAUCAAUGUAGAAAGGAAUCUUCCCAAUGUCUAUAUUCGGCAAGCAGCUGAUGACAUAAACUUCCACAAGUCUGUGAACGAGAAGCAGCGAGUUUCCACGGAAUCUUCGAGAGCUUCCUUUUCGUCCUCGUGCUCGUCUUCCAUGUCCUCUUUGGAAUGCAGCAAAGCAGCUCAGCCCGAGCCAUCUUCAUUUGACCGGAUCAUAUUCCCAGAAACCCCCUCGAGGGAUCCCAUGAUUAACCAAUCCAGCACCACCUCCACACACCUGUUCCGACAUUCCACAGACCUUAAGGACGUGGUCAAGGACUCCAUGAACAGAGAAGCUCGGGGGCUCUCUGUUAAAACUUCUUCGAAAGAGGAAGCAAUAGCAUCGGCUUCGAAGCGCAAAGACUCUCCGAGGCCUCUGCCUCUUGAUAAGAAUCAAACCGUGCAGACUGAUUUAAAGGAGUCUUUGAGGGUUCUUGCUAAGCUCCAGGAAGCUCCUUGGCAUUUUCACGAUGCAAGGGAAGUUCCCGGUCCUCGGUUUUCCUGUGAUGGAAGGGAGGUGAACAGGUUAUCAUUUGAAUCUCGGGAGACCAUCAAAUCAAGCCUGAAGCUCAAAGAGUUCCGGAGACUUUCACUGGACAGUAGGGAAGGUUCAAUACUGAGAAACAACAGGGACAUGGGCGAGAAGGUUGAGAAUCUUCCACAAUCAUCAGGAACUCAGUCACGCCCCACGAGUGUUGUGGCAAAGCUGAUGGGCUUGGAGGCUUUGCCUGAUUCCGCCACAUCGACCAGUUCUCAACUUGCUUCCAUGAAAAGUGGUUCCAUCGGAGAGUCCGAUCCUUUCAUUCGACCGCUGAAGACAAAGGAACUAAUGCUACCCAUUAGAGGUUUUAACAAGUCCCCUAGAGGUGCGAUGAAAGAGCCUACAUCUCCGCGAUGGAAGAGUCAUGAAAAAGUCAUGAAACCCAUCUCAAGGUCUCCAAAUGAACCGGCUCCGUGGAAGCAGAUGGAUGGGAACCGAAACCUUCAAAAGGCGGUUCCUAAGCCUAUCAAAGUUCCAGAAAAGUCAGCCAGUUCCUCUCAUUCGGUUUAUGGCGAGAUCGAGAGGAGACUGAAAGAUAUUGAGUUUAAGCAAUCAGGAAAGGAUCUCAGAGCUCUGAAGCAGAUACUAGAAGCAAUACAGGCAAAGGGACUGCUCGAGACCCGAAAAGAAGAGCAGCCCUCAAACUUCGGGAUGCACAAAGAUUAUGAGCAGAGAGGCACGACUCCUAGCAAGAACCUAAGGUUGGAAAACCAGAAAAAUCCCCGGAGAGGCAGUAGUUCGAGGGCUUUUGAGUCUCCCAUCGUGAUUAUGAAACCCGCAAAGCUUGUUGAGAAAUAUGGCCUUAAUAAUUCCGUGGUUUCAGAGAAUUCAUUUCCCACAGAUGCUAAAAAGGUUGCACCGAAGACCCGAAAAACUAAAGAUCAGACUCCAAAAACUGAAUGCAGUGAUAAGAAAACCAGCGGCAGGAUCAUGAGAUCUUCUCAACCUUCGUCGAAGCCUCAUAAGACCCCGAAAGAGAGCUCAUCAAGUUCAAUAAAGGGGUCUGGUUCCGUCAGCCCAAGGCUACAGCAGAAGAAGCUCGAGUUAGAGAGAUGUUCCCGGCCUCCCACUCCUCCAGAUCGAAACAGGUCGAGAAAGCAGCCCUCUCAGGCCAUGUCCGAAUUCACUUCUCCAGGUGGCAGGCGCAGGCCCAAAUACCUGAACCAGCGUCCAAGUGAUGACCAGUUAAGCGAAGUCAGCAAUGAGUCCAGAACAUUGAGCUGUCAAGGAGACGACUUAUCUGUUCAUUCUGAUGGAAACAAUGCAUCGGACUGUGAUCCAAUGCAGAAGUCAAUUUUGAGGUUGGGUGAAGAAGAUGAACCAUUAGCUGAGCUCGCUUCUGGAGCUGCCGAGCACCAAAGUCCUGUAUCGGUUCUUGAUGUGUCGGGAUAUACGGACGGUGCUGCUUCUCCUUUAAAAGAGGAGUCAAACUCUUUUAAAGAUGAAGGUGUAGGAAAUUCUAUUCCCGAAGAUAGCUCGAGCCCCGGCCCCGUCUCGGAGAUCAACCGCAAGAAGCUACAGAACAUCGACCAGUUAGUGCAGAAGCUGAGGAGACUAAACUCUACCUACGAUGAAGAAAGAACAGAUUAUAUUGCGUCACUCUGUGAGAACACAAAUCCCGACCAUCGAUACAUCUCGGAGAUACUUGUAGCCUCGGGACUCCUCCUCCGAGACCUCAGCCCGAACUCGGCCCAGUUCCAACUCCACCCUUCAGGCCACCCGAUAAAUCCAGAGCUGUUCUUCGUGCUUGAACAGACCAAGACAGGAGCAGUAAUGGUCCCCUGUCCAGAACCUGACCCCGAGAAAGCUCGGAGAAGGCUCAUAUUUGAUUCUGUGAAUGAGAUUUUGGUUCAAAAACUGAGCAUUUCGGGAGUCAUCUCUGAGCCCAGGCCAGGACCCAAGAAGCUUGCGAGGAAGACACUGACAGCACAGAAGCUCCUGAAGGAACUCUGUCAUGAGAUUGAAGAGCUCGAGAAUAAACAACCCGAAUGUGCACUAGUACCGGACAAGGAUGACCCUUUGAAGGGGAUACUGUGGGAAGAUGUGAUGGACCGAUCAGAUGGUUGGAACGACUUUCACGCCGAGACUUCGGGAAUAGUCUUGGACAUUGAGAGGUCGAUAUUCAAAGACCUGGUGAACGAGGUCCUGAUCGGGGAGAGCAGGGGAAUGAGAGCGAGGCCAGGCAGGCGCAGGCAGUUGUUUUCCAAGUAGUGAAACUAUGUUUCGGUACUCUCGGUUUCAAGUCGGAUACUCAGAGCUUGUCGUAAUUCAGUUGUUUUCACUUAGAUCUACGACCUUCCGGUAUUUCUUAUUUUGCAUAUAUAUAAUUUUUUUUCGCUGAAUCGAAAUAACCUUUGAUCAUAGAGGACCUUUUUUUUUU